UUGGUUUUGUAUAUUGGCGCUCAGGCGGGAGAGGUUGGUGUCACCGUGUGGAUUGCAGCGCUGCAUCGUUAGAACAAUGAGUGAGUUCCGAAUACAUCACGAUGUGAACGAGCUGCUGAGUCUGCUCCAUGUCCGAGGAGGCGAUGGGGCUGAAGUUUACAUUGAUUUACUGCAAAAGAACAGGACCCCCUAUGUGACAACCACAGUGUCAGCACACAGUGCCAAGGUUAAAAUAGCGGAGUUCUCAAAAACGCCGGAAGACUUCCUGAGGAAGUAUGAGGAGAUGAAAUCGAAGAAUGUCCGUAACCUCGACCCUCUGGUCUAUCUGUUAUCGAAGCUCACAGAGGAUAAAGAGGCACUUCACUGCCUGCAGCAAAAUGCCAAGGAACGGUCAGAAGCUUCUGCCAGUGCCACAGCUAGCAGUAGUACCAGCUUUAGCAUUCCCCCAACCUCUACCAAAAUGUCCAUGCAGGAGCUAGAGGAGCUGCGGAAGAAGCUUGGUACAGUCACAGCAAGCUCCACAGUGCAGCAGUCAGCUGAAGUCACACGCAAGAUGUUAAGGGAGAAACAUAGUAAGAAGAAUCCAACAGUGCUGCACCCUGUGUUCCCAAAUUGGGUGUAUGAAAGACCUGCACUCAUUGGGGACUUCCUCACUGGCACUCCAGUCGUGGCAGACUCAUCGCUUGCUAUAGGUAAUAUGCCUCUGGCAGCCCAAGAACAAGUACUGGUUGAAGACCUGUUAUAUGUACUGGUAGGAGUAGAUGGAAGAGACAUUGUAGCACAACCUGUUUUGGGUAGACAGAGUCGCUCCUUCGUCGUUGAUCCAACUCUAGACAUGUCAGUCAAAGAGCUCGUCAAUAGGAUACUGCCGGUUGCAGCUAGUUACUCCACAAUCACUCGCUUCACAGAGGAGAAGUCCUCUUUUGAGUAUGGCCAGGUGAAUCACGCUUUGACGGCUGCCAUGAGAACGCUGAUGAAGGAGUACCUAAUCCUGGUCACCCAACUGGAGCAUCUGCAUAGGCAGGGCCUUCUCUCACUGCAGAAGCUGUGGUUCUACAUCCAGCCUACUAUGCGGACCAUGGAGAUCCUCGCUUCAAUUGCCACCUCAGUUGACAAAGGCGACUGCAUGGGAGGGUCAACUCUGAGUCUCCUCCAUGACAGAACAUUCAACUACACUGGAGACAGUCAGGCCCAGGAGCUGUGCCUGUACCUCACUAAAGCAGCUAGUGUACCGUACUUUGAGAUACUGGAGAAGUGGAUCUACAGAGGCAUCAUUAAAGACCCAUACAGUGAAUUUAUGGUGGAGGAACAUGAGCUCCAGAAAGAGAAGAUUCAGGAGGACUACAACGACAAGUACUGGGAUCAGCGGUAUACAGUUGUGCAACAUAGAAUACCAUCUUUUCUCCAGAAAAUGGCAGACAAAAUACUAAGCACCGGAAAGUAUUUGAAUGUGGUUAGAGAAUGUGGUCGAGACGUGACAUGCCCUGACGCCAAGGAGGUGCUGUACACAUUGAAGGAGAGGGCAUAUGUUGAACAAAUUGAGAAAGCUUAUAACUAUGCCAGCAAAGUCCUCCUCGAUUUCUUGAUGGAAGAGAAAGAGCUGGUAACAAGGCUCAGGUCAAUUAAACAUUACUUCCUAAUGGAUAAGGGAGACUUCUUUGUGCACUUUAUGGACCUUACUGAGGAGGAGCUCAAGAAACCAGUGGAUGACAUCAUUCCUCCUCGACUGGAGGCCUUGUUGGAGCUUGCUCUGAGGAUGAGCACCGCAAACACCGACCCCUUUAAAGACGAUCUAAAGAUUGACCUCAUGCCCCAUGAUGUCAUCACUCAGCUGUUGCGUGUGCUGGCCAUAGAGACUAAACAGGAGAAAGCCAUAAUUAAUGCCGACCCAACUGAUGUGGCCCUCAGUGGGCUGGAGGCCUUCUCCUUCGAUUACAUCGUCAAAUGGCCACUUUCGCUUAUUAUCAACAGGAAGGCUCUGACCCGAUAUCAGAUGUUGUUCCGGCACAUGUUCUAUUGCAAGCAUGUUGAAAGACUGCUGUGUAACGUGUGGAUCAGCAACAAGGCGGCAAGGCAGUACUCUCUUCACUCUGCUAAGUGGUUUGCCGGAGCCUUUGCCCUGAGACAGCGGAUGUUGAACUUUGUCCAAAACAUUCAGUACUACAUGAUGUUUGAAGUUAUGGAACCCACAUGGCAUAUCAUGGAAAACAAUCUGAAAUCUGCAUCUAAUAUUGAUGAUGUCCUGUGCCACCACACCAGCUUUCUGGACAACUGCCUGAAGGACUGCAUGUUGACCAACCCAGAACUCCUCAAGAUCUUCUCAAAGCUCAUGUCUGUGUGCGUUAUGUUCACAAACUGUAUGCAACGCUUCACACAGAGCUUGAGAGUUGACAGUGAAAUGGGGCGCCUUACUCUUGAACAUGGCACAAUGGAAGGUCCCCCUACAAAGAAUGAACGAACAGAAGAAGCCGAGAAAAAGAGGCUCACUUCCAAGUAUUUAGCAGAUCAUGUAGAUGCUCUACAGUCGGACUCUGGCUUCGAAGCUACCAUUAGCAAGUUUGACUGUAAUUUCAGCAGCCUGCUGCUGGAGCUGUUGGACAAGCUCAGCAUUUACAGCACCAAUGACUGUGAGCACAGCAUGAUCAACAUCAUAUACAGGCUGGACUUCAAUGGAUUCUACACAGAACGCUUAGAGCGGAUGGCCGUCGAGAGAAGUCAGAAGGCAGCUGCCUAGUGUCAGUUGUACGUGAAAGACGUACGUUGUGACAGUGACUAUAUUCCUUCAAGAUGAGCACUCAGUGAAGCUUAAGUGUGAAACACAUGUUGUGGUGCAACAGAAACUGUAACAGAUGUUGUUAAACAGCAUGAUGUAUGUAUGUUUGAACACACUCCCAUCCCCCCAAACUUUGCAGUGAACCUAAAAUGUGCAGUAAGAUUUUCUGUCUCUUGUCACAUAUAUAGAAAAGUGUAUGGAUUUUAUUUGUUAUUGUACAUUAAGAUUGCUUUACUAAUAAGCACUAUUUUGGUAGUUUUUUCUUUUCAAAUGAAAUAAGGUUGGAUUAUGAAAUGUAGAAUAUUGUGUAGUGUCAGCUGCAUUUUAUGUAUUUUUUUGGACUGCACCUUACAUGAAGUUUCAAUACUUCAGUCACAGUAUGUGUUGUAAGGAGUCUGAUUCAAUUAAAGAUUGCACAGUAGCUUCAUAAUGAAACAUAAAAUGAUUGUAGUCAAGUUUGACUUUGCU